AUGAAUCACCUCCAGAAUCACCAAGAAAUCUUUAAAAACUCAUAUUCUAGUAUACAUAUAAUCGAAAUUGAAGAAAAACUUUACAACAAAAUAAAGAUGCCCACGAACGUAUUCAUUCAAGAAUUGGAGGCCGAAGACAUCCCUGGUGGAUAUCCAACUACACCCAAAUCCGAUCGAAUCGGAAGAGACAUGACUCCGAUACUCGAAUCUCAACCUCCUCAAGAUUUAAAGAAUACAAAUGACGUCAGGUCUGUGACUGAGAAUGAUGCAGAAUCCGAAUCCUCUAACAAUAUUCAACAAGGAACAAAUGAAUCCCAUGUGUAUGCGGUCAACGAUGAGAGCUUGCCCAAGAAAUCUACUUCUGAUAAUGUAGAGAAUAAUGGUUUUAGAAAUAAAGCUGGAGAAAAUGAAGAGUCAAGCAACAAUGUUUCGUCUACACCAUUUCUAUCCAAAGAUUCAAUUCCUUUCGAUCUUAACGGUGAUUAUAACAUUAAUACAUUUCCAUCUUCCGAGAUCGAUUCUAUUAACGGUCACGAAACGAAGCAUCAUGCGACUCCUAUAAAAACGUCCGAGAGCGAUUCUAUUAACGGUCGCGAAACGAAGCAUCAUGUUGUUCCCAUAAAAAUGUCCGAGAGCGAUUCUAUUAACGGUCGCGAAACGAAUCAUCAUGUGACUCACAUCAAACCGUCCGAAAACGACGGUCGCGCAACGCACCACUACGUGUCUCCGAUCACAACGUCUCCUGAAAACAUGUCAUAUAAUGAGGAAAAUCAUAAUACCGAGAAUAAUUCUAUCAACGGUCGCGCAAUGCAGAAUCACGUGCCUCAAAUCAAAACAUCACCUAAAAAUUCGACUUCCAACGAUGAAAGUCCUCAUUAUAAUACACCAACCGAUUCAACCGCAAACGAUCCUUCCUCCUUCGAUCGUAAUAAGAACAUCAUUAAUGUGUUGUAUACUUCGAGAGAGGUUGGCCCUGAUGGAGUUAGUGGAGAGAAACAUCCGGAUCAAAACGAUCGUUCGUCUCAUAAAUCCACAAAGAAAAGUAAAAUUAAUGCUAAGAUUGGAAUGUUGAAGAAAAAGCUCGGAAAACUUAUAAACUUGUAA